CAUGCAAGAUAAGCGGAAAAAGUUGCCAGCCCAAGCAAAAAUCCGACAAAAAUAACAAAAAUUCCAAGUCGGCAAUACUUACAAUAUCACGUAUCUGUCAGAUACAAAAUUUUGUCGUAUCGCGUAGUACGCUUCCAGAAAUCUGCAGUUUAACGGAAAACGUACACCAGAGAAGACAUGGAGGUGAACCAAAAAUGGAACUGGGACUCCAAGCCAAUUCUGGUCAAAUGCGGAGGAUUCUCCUCGCAAUUGGCCAAGAAUGUCACCGAAAAAGUGGACGGUGAUCCACUGUGGGGAUCGCGAUUCGAUGCCACCAAUCCGGAAGCUGUGAUUCAAACACAUCUGGACUUUCUCCGCAACGGAGCGGAUAUUAUUCUAACCAACACGUAUCAGUCCAGCGUCGAGGGAUUCAUGAAGUACCUUGGAGUUAGCAGAGAACGAGGUGUGGAGUUGAUUCAAAAAAGUGUGCAACUGGCCAAACAGGCAAAGGAACAGUACCUAAGCGAAAUCGGUUCUGAAGCGGACUCGGCUCUUCCCCUGAUCAUGGGCUCAAUAGGUCCAUAUGGCGCCUAUCUCCACGAUGGAUCUGAGUACACCGGCAACUAUGCGGACAAGAUGUCCAAGGAGCAGCUGAAGGCGUGGCACACGGCAAGAAUAGAGAUUUGUCUCGCAGCUGGAGUGGAUGGAUUGGCCCUGGAAACACUUCCCUGUCUGAUGGAAGCAGAGGCAGUCACCGAAUUAGUACUGGACAACUUUCCGGAUGCCAAAUUCUGGGUCUCCCUGCAGUGCAUGGAUGAGAAGCACAUGGCUAGUGGAGAAAGCUUCGCGGAGGCUGCUCUCUCCCUCUGGCGGUUGGUCCAAAGUCGGAAGGCUGAGAACCGGCUCCUUGGGAUCGGAUUUAAUUGUGUAAACCCACUAUUCGUGACCCCUUUGCUAUCAUCGCUUACCAAAGUGGCCGGUUCGGAUCGCAUCCCACUGGUGGUCUACAGCAAUCGCGGCGAGAUCUACGACGUCGAGCAGGGAGAUUGGACUGGAACCGGCGAGGAGGUGAUCAAGUUUGUGCCCGAGUGGAUCCAGCUGGGAGUGCGCAUCGUUGGCGGCUGUUGCCGGGUCUAUCCGACGGACGUGUUGGCGAUCCGCAAGUACGUCGAUGGCCUCAACAUAAAGCCGUAAUCGGGCGAGAACUCCGGACACUGAUAGCAGCCUUGUCGCUAAUGCGAAAGCUGUUUCGUGUGACUAGACCUAGACCUAUUUAGUUUGCUAAAUACAUAUACGCGAGUACUAGAUGUACCCAGAUCAGAUGGCUUCCUAAUCAGCAGAGAGUGGAAAAAAGCGUGGACGGCUGGCUGGGAGACAAACACAGAUUAGGCGGGCGGACCAAAGGUAAACAAGUGGGCUGGGGAUAUGGACAGACGUUCGCCCAACGACUGUUUUUGCCAACCUAGCUCAAUUUUUGAGUCCAAAUCAAAACAAUCUCCUAUUCAAUUAUAACACAAAAACGUGCAUUUGUCCUUUAAAAAACUUGUGUUCUUAGCUUUUUAUUUUUUAUAGCCGGAUUUAAAUUCUUUAAAAUGAAUAUUCUUAAAAGUGUGUAUGUAUGUACUGAUGUAAAGAAAUAAACUACAAAAAUAUCAGA